UGAAACGGGGUGAUCCUGCAACGGGGUGUGUUGGCUGAGCACUUUCGGUCGGCAACGGGGCGAGAAUGGCAGAACUAAUCCCCCAAAGAACCCAGGUGUGGACCGUGCAGUACCUGACUUGGAGGCUGAACGGAGUGUUCGUCUACCCAUGUAGUCCAGAGAGCCUGAUGGUGAGAAUGGACUGGGAGCUGAGUUGGAGCCCACCGAGCGAUGGGGCUUUCUUCCAGCUGAAUUAUCCUUAUCCUACGGUGUUCUUCAUUCCGGUGCUGCCUCUUCUAAUGCCUGUGCCGGGCUCGGGCAUGGCCAGAUUGACGGAGAGCGAGGCGAGGCGGCAGCAGCAGCAGCAGCAGCAGCAGCAGCAGCAACAACAACAACAGCAGCAGCAGCAGCAGCAGCAGCAGCAGCUCCCGCAGCCUAGAGCCUCCCCCAUGAGCAGCAGCAGUAGCAGCAGCAGCAGCAGCAGCGAGCCCACCGUCCAGCAGGACAGCAUGAAAGAUCUGGAUGCCAUCAAGCUGUUCGUGGGGCAGAUCCCCCGGAACCUGGAGGAGAAGGACCUGAAGCCCCUCUUUGAGCAAUUUGGCAAGAUCUACGAGCUGACGGUGCUCAAGGACCGUUAUACCGGCAUGCACAAAGGUUGUGCGUUCCUCACUUACUGCGCCAGGGAUUCCGCCAUCAAGGCCCAGACUGCGCUGCAUGAGCAGAAGACUUUGCCAGGGAUGGCGCGGCCGAUCCAGGUGAAGCCCGCGGACAGUGAGAGCCGUGGAGGUAGGGACCGGAAGCUGUUUGUGGGUAUGCUGAACAAGCAGCAGUCGGAGGAGGACGUGCUGAGACUGUUCCAGCCCUUUGGGGUGAUCGACGAGUGCACAGUGCUGAGGGGCCCUGACGGCAACAGCAAAGGCUGUGCUUUCGUGAAGUUCUCCUCCCACACAGAAGCCCAAGCUGCCAUCCAUGCCCUCCAUGGCAGCCAGACCAUGCCAGGGGCCUCCUCUAGCCUCGUGGUCAAGUUUGCCGACACUGACAAAGAACGCACCCUACGCCGGAUGCAGCAAAUGGUGGGCCAGCUGGGUAUCUUCACCCCAUCCCUCACUCUGCCCUUCAGCCCUUAUAGCGCCUACGCUCAGGCGCUAAUGCAGCAGCAAACCACAGUGCUGUCCACCUCCCACGGCAGCUACCUGAGCCCGAGCAUGGCCUUCUCUCCUUGCCAUAUCCAGCAGAUUGGAGCCGUAAGCCUCAAUGGGCUGCCUGCCGCUCCCAUCGCCCCGACAUCAGGGAUACACUCUCCCCCGCUCUUGGGCACAGCUGCUGUGCCGGGCCUCGUGGCGCCCAUCACCAAUGGCUUUGCUGGGAUGGUGCCAUUCCCCAGUGGACACCCCACCCUUGAGACUGUUUAUGCCAAUGGCCUUGUGCCCUACCCGGCUCAGAGCCCGGCUGUGUCUGAGCCCCUCCACCCGGCCUUCUCCGGAGUCCAGCAGUACACAGCGAUGUACCCUGCCACGGCCAUCACGCCCAUUGCUCACAGCAUCCCCCAGCCUCCACCAAUCCUGCAGCAACAGCAGCAGCGGGAAGGUCCCGAGGGCUGUAACCUGUUCAUUUACCACCUGCCCCAGGAGUUUGGGGACAAUGAGCUGAUGCAGAUGUUCCUGCCCUUUGGCAACAUCAUCUCAUCCAAGGUGUUUAUGGAUCGGGCCACCAACCAGAGCAAGUGCUUUGGCUUCGUGAGCUUUGAUAACCCCGCCAGCGCCCAGACAGCCAUCCAGGCCAUGAACGGUUUCCAGAUUGGCAUGAAAAGGUUGAAGGUCCAGUUGAAACGGCCCAAGGAUGCCAACCACCCUUAUUGACAGUGCCCACACCCACCAUUCAGUGCUGCAGCAGAGAGGUGAGGCAGGUGAGUGGCAGAUCCAGAGGAUGGUUUCAGCUUCAGGAGAUUCCAGUUAAUUAUGAACUUGUUUCCCCCCUCUCCCCUUUCCCCCGCCCCUCCAAAAUGUGAACCACUUUAGAGGAAUGCAGCUUUGGAAGAUGCCAGCAACUCCUUGGCGGAGACCCCCUUCAAUCAGGUCCCUGGGGCGGGGCA